GUGGGGGGCUGGUGGGGUGCCCGUGCUGCUGGCCAUGGGGAGGGGUCCCACGUGCCCGUCCAGUCCCUGGCAGUGACCCCGGCCUCUUCUCCCCAGCAGCCGGUGACCCUGGGAGGCAGAGGGAGGCCGGGGGGAUCCCCGAGGGGCUGCUGGCACCCACCGCCCUGCUCCCGGGGAUGCCCAAACGGGGCGGGAGGUGUCAGGGGCGCGCAGCCCACAGCCGGCCGGGCAGGAGCCGGGGGGGUUCCUCAGGGCGCCCUCGCCUCCCCUCCUUGCCGACCCCCCGGCCGCUGGAGAAGACCCCCCCUACGUGUCCUGAGUGCAACAAGAGCUUCAAGAGCCAGUGGGCGUUGGUCGUCCAUGCACGGAGCCACACGGGUGAGCGGCCCUUCGUCUGCACCGACUGCGGCAAGUGCUUUGGCCGCAAGGAUCACCUGCUGAGACACCGGCACGUGCACACCAGUGAGAAGCCCUUCGCCUGUGGCCAACACUUCAGCGAUGAAAGCCAUCACAUCCAGUCUGGGAAGCGCCUCUACGCCUGCGCCCACUGCCCCAAGGCCUUCAAGGACAGGAAGUAUCUCAUCGUCCACCAGCGCAUCCACACCGGGGAGCGCCCCUUCGCCUGCGCCCACUGCCCCAAGGCCUUCAAGGACAGGAAGUACCUCACAGCCCACCAGCGCAUCCACACCGGGGAGCGCCCCUUCGCCUGCGCCCACUGCCCCAAAACCUUCAUGUACAAGAAGACACUCAGAGCCCACCAGCACAUCCACUCUGAGGAUCAACCCUUCACCUGUGCCCACUGCCUCAAGACCUUCAUGUACAAGAUGACCCUCACAGCCCACCAGCGCAUCCACACCGGGGAGCGCCCCUUCACCUGCACCCACUGCCCCAAAACCUUCAGGUACAAGGAGACACUCAGAGCCCACCAGCACAUCCACACUGGGAAUCGACCCUUCGCCUGUGCCCACUGCCCCAAGACCUUCAUGUACAAGAUGACCCUCACAGCCCACCAGCGCAUCCACACUGGGGAGCGACCCUUCACCUGCACCCACUGCCCCAAGGCCUUCAGGGACAGCAGUACACUCACUGCCCAUCAGCGAAUCCACUCUGUGGAGCGACCCUUCUCCUGUUCACAGUGCCCCAAGACCUUCAAGUACAAGAAGACCCUCGCUGUCCACCAGCGCAUCCACUCUGGGGAGCGACCCUUCACCUGCGCCCACUGCCCUAAGGCCUUCAGGGAGAAGAAGAACCUCACCGCCCACCAGCGCAUCCACACCGGGGAGCGACCCUUCACCUGCGCCCACUGCCCCAAGACCUUCAGGGACUACAGUAACCUCACUUCCCACCAGCGCGUCCACACUGGUGAGAAGCCCUACAAGUGCAGCGAGUGUGGCAAGACCUGCAGCCAGAAGCGUAACCUGAAGAGGCACCAGCGGAUUCAUCAGAGCCUGUCAACGGUGCCAGAGGGUAGACAGUAGGAGACGGGGUGUCCAUCCCUGGUGGAGAGGCGGGCAGAGGACAAGCCCUUCCAGUGCAGCCACUGCAAGAAGCAGUUUCAGGACGAGGGGAUGUGUUGGGUUUGCGUGGCAAGGUUUUGGUAGCGGGGGGCUACAGGGGUGGCUUCUGUGAGAAGCUGCUAGAAGCUUCCCCUGUGUGGCUCCAAGACUGACCCGCCCCUGGCCAAGGCCAAGCCAAUCAGCGCCUCUGUGAUAACAUAUUUAAGAAGGAAAACAAAACAGUUGGGGGGAAGCUUUUGCAACCGGAGAGAGGAGUGAGAAGAUGUAAGAAACUCUGCAGACACCAAGGUCAGUGCAGAAGGAGGGGCAGGAGGUGCUCCAGGCACCGGAGCAAAGAUCCCCCUGCAGCCCGUGGUGAAGGCCAUGGUGAAGCAGGCUGUCCCCCUGCAGCCCAUGGAGGAAGGAUGAGGGGGUGCAGAGAUUCCACCUGCAGCCCGUGGAGGACCCCAUGCUGGAGCAGGUGGAGGCACCUGAAGGAGGCUGUGGCCCGUGGGAAGCCCACGCUGGAGCAAGCUCCUGGCCGGACUGGUGGACCUGUGGAGAGAGGAGCCCACGCCAGGGCAGGUUUGCUGGCAGGACUUGUGACCCCGUGGGGAACCCACGCUGGAGCAGUCUGCUCCUGAAGGUCUGCACCCCGUGGGAGAGACCCCACGCUGGAGCAGUUCAUGAAGGACUGUCUCCCGUGAGAGGGACUCCAUGCUGGAGCAGGGGAACGUUGAGAGGAGUCCUCCCCCUGAGGACAAAGAAGCGGCAGAAACAAGGUGUGAUGAACUGACGGUAACCCCCAUCCCCCGCCCCCCUGUGCCGCUGAGGGGGGAGGAGGUUGAAGCCGGGAGUGAAUUUGAGCCUGGGAAGAUGGGAGGGGUGGGGGGAGGUGUUUUAAGACUUGAUUUUAUUUCUCAUUCCUCUACUCCAUUUUGCUUAGUAAUAAAUUAGAUGAAUCUCCUCUCUAA